AUGGAGUACGGGGCCGGGGGAGUGCCUAUAUGGAGUACGGGGCCGCGGGAGCGCCUAUAUGUAUACGGGGCCGGGGGGAGCGCCUAUAUGGAGUACGGGGCCGGGGGAGCACCUUAUGGGGCCGGGGGGAGCGCCUAUAGGGAGUAUGGGGCCGGAGGAGCGCCUAUAUGGAAUACGGGGCCAGGGGAGCGCCUAUAUGGAAUACGGGGCCAGGGGAGCGCCUAUAUGGAAUACGGGGCCGGGGAAGUGCCUAUAUGGAAUACAGGGCCGGGAGGAGCGCCUAUAUGGAAUACGGGGCCGGGGGAGCGCCUAUAUGGAAUACGGGGCCGGGGGGAGCGCCUAUAUGGAAUACGGGGCCGGGGGAGCGCCUAUAUGGAGUACGGGGCCGGGGGGAGCGCCUAUAUGGAGUAUGGGGCCGGGAGGAGCGCCUAUAUGGAAUACGGGGCCGGGGGAGCGCCUAUAUGGAAUACGGGGCCGGGGAGUGCCUAUAUGGAAUACAGGGCCGGGAGGAGCGCCUAUAUGGAAUACGGGGCCGGGAGGAGCGCCUAUAUGGAAUACGGGGCCGGGGGAGCGCCUAUAUGGAAUACGGGGCCGGGAGGAGCGCCUAUAUGGAAUACGGGGCCAGGGGAGCGCCUAUAUGGAAUACGGUGGCGGGAGGAGCGCCUAUAUGGAAUACGGGGCCGGAGGGAGCGCCUUUAUGGAGUAUGGGGCCGGGAGGAGCGCCUAUAUGGAAUACGGGGCCGGGGGAGUGCCUAUAUGGCUCCGCUUCCCUUCCAGUACGUGGCAUUUGCCUCGCUCUUCUUCAUCCUGGUCUCCAUCACCACCUUCUGCCUGGAGACCCACGAGACCUUCAAUCCCAUCGUGAACAAGACGGAGACGGAGGUGGUGGGGAACGAGACCCAGUUGAGGUUCUACAGGGAGUCGGAGACGGAGGCCUUCCUGACCUACAUCGAGGGGGUGUGCGUGGUCUGGUUCACCUUCGAGUUCCUCAUGAGGAUCACCUUCUGCCCCAACAAGGUGGAGUUCAUCAAGAACACGUUGAACAUCAUUGACUUCGUGGCCAUCCUGCCGUUCUACCUGGAGGUGGGGCUCAGCGGCCUGUCUUCCAAAGCUGCUAAGGACGUCCUGGGCUUCCUGCGGGUGGUCCGCUUUGUCCGGAUCCUACGGAUUUUCAAGCUGACCCGGCAUUUUGUGGGCCUGCGGGUUCUGGGUCACACCCUCCGGGCCAGCACCAACGAGUUCUUGCUGCUCAUUAUAUUCCUGGCGCUGGGGGUGCUGAUCUUCGCCACCAUGAUCUACUACGCCGAGCGGAUAGGUGCUAACCCCAACGACCCCAGCGCCAGCGAACACACCCAGUUCAAAAACAUCCCCAUCGGCUUCUGGUGGGCGGUGGUGACCAUGACGACGCUGGGCUACGGAGACAUGUACCCCAAGACUUGGUCGGGGAUGCUGGUGGGGGCGCUGUGUGCCCUGGCCGGCGUGCUGACCAUCGCCAUGCCCGUGCCCGUCAUCGUCAACAACUUCGGAAUGUACUAUUCUCUAGCCAUGGCCAAGCAGAAGCUACCAAAGAAAAAAAAGAAGCAUAUCCCCCGCCCCCCGCAACUGGGGUCCCCCAAUUAUUGCAAGUCGGUGGUGAACUCUCCGCACCACAGCACCCAGAGCGACACUUGCCCGCUCGCCCAGGAAGAGAUUUUAGAAAUUAACAGAGCAGAUUCCAAAGUGAACGGAGAGGUGGCCAAGGCGGCGUUGGCAAACGAAGACUGCCCCCACAUAGACCAGACUAUAACGCCCGAUGAGGCCCUGUCCUUUAUGCAGUCUAGCACUCGUGAGAAAGGUGGGCCCUACUUUCUCCUUACACCAGAGGAAUACCCGAGCCCACCUGAUGGAGGAAUAAGGAAGGGGAUGUUUUUGCAAAGGGCGUCCUGUCAUUGCUAAAUAUAUGCAAGCAGAGGCAGAGAGUCAGUCAUUUGGGAUGUUGGCGCGGCAGAAAUGGCCAGGACUCACCUUGGCGGAACCCCCAGAGGGCCAGCAAGUCUACUCUGCGCAGGAUAUAAAGGACAGUGCUUCACCAGCUGAGGCCCCCACACUAGUUCAGUAUGGAGAUGCAGGCGUUUCUACGGCCGAGCGUAACAAACUGUAGGAGAAUAGUUUUAUACAUUUCUGUCUCGCAUGGAUUGCAUGAUGUAUAAUAAGAUUAAACAAACCGGGAUUUGUACAUUCCCUUAAAGGCAUAUAUUUUCAUUUAAAAGCUCUUUAAUUUUACAUACAUUAUGUAGCAAAAUGUAAAAAACAUUGGAAAACUGCAUAAUUAUUUGCUCUUGGUUGCUUAUUUUGUACACAGACCAAUAGCUCAUAAGAUACGUGCAAUCAGCAGCCAUCGGUCAUAUUGACCACACCUACAUACUGUACAUCAUCGAUAGAUCGACACCAAGAACGACUGCCCCCCCCGCCGGGGCACAUUUAUUUAAACGUCUCUGUUGGCAUGCUUGUGAAACCAGGGACCUAGAUUCCCAACAGGAGCGGAGGAUCUAGAUUUAUUUUGCAGUCAAGGCUCUAUUGUAUUUUAUCGGUGUGUAUAUAGGAAAAAAAAACAAAAACAAAAAAACUAAUCUAAUAUGAAUCUUCUUCUUAAAAGAUUGUUCUUAUUAAAAUGAUGAUUAUGGAUUUAAACAAAUGAAAAUGUGUUACUUUAACGCUGGGGACUCUGAAGAACACAAAGAGAACCAAGGACAGUAUUGUAUGCAACUGAACCCUCCUCGAGCAAAGAUGCAUGCACAAUGUUAUGCAAACACAACCGAGCAUGAAAUAAAUUUUGUAUCAUGGUUUUACUGCCUGCUGUUCCAUAGAUGCACAGGGUUGAAACAUUGAGAAAUCCUCAUUAAAAAAGGAAACAAAAAAAAUGAACAUUUUCUGUCGAAUGCUAAUGAAAUAUCUCCUGAAUAGACAGGGGCUCUCCGUACCCCGGCCGACCAUAAAGGUAAGUCCUCAAUGUCACCGCAGAACCGUGGCUUGAAAGACAGCAUGAUGCAUGCCUGCGAGGCUUCUGCUGCAUGUCUGAUGGCAUCGUCACUGGCACUGGACUGCACUCUGAGCCCGUAAUGAGACAUGAACGAAGGAAAAAAAAAAAAAAA